AUGUUAACUAAUGUUACAAACAAUAGUGAAGUCGGUUCUUCAUUUUUUGAGGAUGUUCUGCCACAUUCUCAAGGCAAACUUAUUUUCUUAUAUAUAUUCAUAUCCUUGGUUGUUUCAGUUACAGUCAUCGGUAACACUUUAGUUAUUUUAGCUUUUGUUUCUGAUAAGAGAAUUAGAAACCAGAGUAACUUCUUCCUCCUUAAUCUGGCCAUUUGUGACUUUUUUAUAGGUGCUGUUUGCAUACCCCUGAGUACUCCCUUUAUAUUAACUGGAAAAUGGACACUUGGAAGAUUUCUUUGCAAGCUGUGGUUAAUUGCUGACAAUCUCAUGUGCACAGCAUCUGUGUUUAAUAUUCUUCUCAUCAGUUAUGACCGGUUCUUCUCCAUCACUAUGGCUAUCAGAUAUCGCUCUCAGCAAAAAAAUCAUACUCAGACAAUUCUUAAAAUGGGAGCAGUUUGGAUAUUGUCAUUUCUACUAUAUAGCCCAGCAAUUAUAUUCUGGAAGAAUGAAGACAAUUCCACUACUGAAAGUGACUGUGUUCCUGGAUAUUACCUUACCUGGUACUUUCUUCUUGGAGCAUCAACUUUUGAUUUCUAUCUUCCCCUAAUAAGUAUUUCAUUUUUUAACCUGAGCGUUUACUGGAACAUUAGAACUCGAAGCAGAAAGAAAAGGCCAACUAUGGUGCAGCCUACUCUAUAUCAUGAAAAGGAAAUGACAGCAAAAUUGUCAAUUAUAUCUGGAAAUACUGUUUUUGAAAGAUGCAAUGACACAAAAACAAUAAAUAGUAGGAAUAUAACCAAUCUUAUUACCAAAAUAAAGAAGCACUCACACAUCACCCCCGGUUCAACAGAAGCUGGCGAGACCGUUAAAAGUAGACUGAGUGCCAUAAAACUGUCCAGAGACAAGAAGGCUGCAAAAUCCCUAGCCCUACUGGUUUGUGUAUUUGGAGUUUGUUGGGCACCAUACACAUGUCUUCAGUCUGUCCGUGCAGCCUGUCACAAUGACUGUGUUGAGUCUUACUGGAAUGAAAUUACAGCCUGGUUGUUGUGGCUAAAUUCUUCAGUUAAUCCUAUUAUGUACCCCUUGUGCCACAGAAGUUUCAGCAAAGCGAUUAUGAAAAUAUUUAAUAAAUUUAUGAAAAACAUGAGUUUAAAAUUUUAA